AUGGUCCUCAGAGCUAAGGUGUUCCGCCACCCCAUCCAGUCCACUGUCACUACCGGCACGGCUCCGUUGGACGAAUUUGCCGACCUUGCACUGCAACCACGAACGAGAGCGCACGGAGAUCAAGCUCAGGUCGAGAUCCACCCGCUGCGAGAGAGCGAUGCGUUUAUCGUGUCAAUCCAGCCGCCCAAAGUCCCGGAGGGUGGUCUCCAGCGCGCCUCGUGUGAUAUCGUGCUUGUCAUUGAUGUCUCUGGCAGCAUGUCAGCUGCCGCACCUCUACCCGAAGCCACGGGCGACAACGAUAAAGAAGCGGCUGGGCUCAGCGUUCUUGACCUAGUGAAGCAUGCUGCAAGGACCAUCUUGGAGACUCUGGGACCUGGCGAUAGGCUCGGGAUCGUGACAUUCUCUGACGACGCGACGGUCGUGCAGGAACUCACGUUCAUGUCAGCGAGCGAAAAGAAGAAAGCGAGGCAGAGAAUCGAAUCGCUCCGGGAUGAGUCGAGCACAAAUCUCUGGGCCGGUAUCCGUAGUGGCUUGGAGCUGUUUUCAACAACCGCGCUCGUCGACAAUGUUCAAGGUCUUUACGUGCUAACCGACGGCAUGCCAAACCACAUGUGCCCCAAACAAGGUUAUGUGAACAAACUGGGGCCUAUGCUUAAAGAGGCAGCUCGUAAAAGAGCCUCUAUACCUACUAUUCAUACGUUUGGAUUCGGAUAUGAAAUCCGCUCUGAUCUGAUGCAGUCGAUUGCCGAGGUAGGAAAAGGAAGUUAUGCCUUCAUCCCCGACGCUGGCAUGAUCGGCACUGCAUUUGUCCAUUCGGUGGCCAAUCUGUAUACAACAGCUGGGACAUCCGCCUCGCUCGAGAUACAACUCUCCGACGACAUCACCCUGGAGUCCACCGGUGGUACGUUACUGGAGGAGGGGGAACACGGCCAUCUGCUGGAACUCGGUAACAUCCAAUUUGGGCAAUCUCGAGAUCUGGUUUUCCUCUGCCGGCCAUCCACACAAGAGGACGUCGAGAUCACUGCGAGGCUCAAUUACAGAAUUGCAGAUGGCUCUGCACGGACUUCUCAGGCCCGUGCAUUGUUCUCGGACAGGACAAGCCUACCUCAGAAUAUGGUCAACUACCACAUGCACAGAGCACAGAUUUGCGAGUUCUUGUCGACCCUUUUCCCGUUGAAGACGAACGGCGAGCACACGGCGAUCACGGGCACGGAGGCCUUGACCGAUGCCCACGCUCGGUUGGGCAGCAUUGUCACGGCCAUCCAAUCGUCGCCAUUUGGAGCCACUCUGGAGGUCAAAUCUCUUCUAGACGACCUGGUCGGCGACGAGCCUCACGGCCAAAUCUCCAAAGCCCUCGUCUCGACCAAGGACAGGAACUACUGGCAGAAAUGGGGGCGGCAUUAUCUCCCCAGCUUGCUUCACGCCCACCAGCGCCAGGUGUGCAAUACCUUCAAAGAUGCCGGCCCAUUGCUCUAUGGCAAGGACAGUCCGCUGUUUGUCCAGUGCCGGACCGAGCUGGACGCUGCCUUUGACAGCCUCCCGGCGCCGAAACCUUCCCGUCCGCCAAGGGUCGUGUAUACGUACGAUGCGAAGGGGAGGGUGAGCGGAAGUCGAACCGUUGCAUACAAACAAGUGAGUAUGGCGAGCUACAACUCGAGCUCAGCACCUUGCUUCGAAGGAAACUGCCUCGUCAAAAUGGGCGACGGGUACUCGAAGCCGCUCAAAAGCCUCCGGCCAGGCUUGCUGGUGUGGACGCCCAUGGGUGCACGAGCCAUCGCAGCGAUCCUGAGGACAAGAAUCCGCGGCAACAAGCAGAAACUGUGUCGCAUUGGUGAGUUGCUGGUCACGCCCUGGCAUCCCAUCCAACACGACGGGAAAUGGGUGUUCCCCAGUCAGGUCGCCACGCGCAGCGUCUCGUUCAAGGGCAGCGUCUAUUCGAUCCUCCUUACUCCAUUCCAUCAUCCGAAUGGCCACGCCGUCGAGAUUGGAGGCCAACUCUGUGUCACUCUGGGCCACGGUCUCGUCAGUCCGAGUCGGAGCAAGGACGAUGUUCGUGCACAUCCGUUCUUUGGCAGCUACCGCCGUGUGGCCGGGGCUUUACUGCGGCUACCCAUGGACAAGAACCAACAUCUGCGAUGUGGUGGGAUGAUGAGAACUGCAAAGUCGGGGCUGGCUUGUGGGUUCGUAAAACCCAUGGCCGCUAAGCGUGUUGUAGGAGGGUUGGGAAAGACCUUGAGAGUGAGAUAA